CGGUGCCGCAUCAGCGAUUAUCUAAUCAUGUCAGUUUUACGCUGCAUUGGGAUCUGCAGUUACAAAAGGGAAAAACUCCUUUUCGCACAUAAGUAACGAAAAAGGGAACUUUUGGCGUCUGGGGUCUGACGUGGAGGGUGGCUGACCAAGCGUUUGUUUCUGACGCUUAGGGAGUGAGAAUGUGUUUUUACAUAUAGUACUGGAAAAGGAAAGAUUAAAAGGCAUAAAACAACAACACAAAAUAAAAACAAAUAAACCACCAAAGUGGCUAUUGCAUAGUCAUAAAACCUAAAAAUACAAAUAAGAACAUCUAAAAGAUGAUUUAACAAGAACCAGUUAAUGGUUUAAAAGCCAAGUCAUAACAGUAUGUCUUCCAUCUGGACUUGAAAGCUAAUGAUGUUGUUUGUUGUAGGUACAUCAUGUAACCUAAUCCUCGUCUAGGACCUCUUGUUAAGUAUAGACCCAAAUGAAAUGUUCCAUUUGCUCAAAAUGUAUUGAAAAAACUAGUUGCAUUAUGUAGAAAUACUUUAUGAGAACAUUUAGUCAGGAUUUAGACCUCAACACUGCACAUAAACAGCACUAGUAAGUCACACAGCAACGUUUCCAGAAACGUACAUGUACUGUGAGGUUUUGAAAGUUUCAUGCUGUGUGUGUAACGCUGAGAUGUUUUAAAGAAAAUCCCUGUGACAUGGUGCUGGUCCCUGGGUGGCAGAGGGAUUUAAGCCUCUGGUCAUGUGGAGAUCAGCUUCCAUUUAAUCCUCUGAGGAGAGAGAGGUGGAGUCAAAGAGAGGCAGAGGGAAAGAGAGCGGUGGUUUGAUGUUUUGCUGUUCUCAGCAGUCCGAAGCUCCACAGCUGCAAGAAAUGAUUGUAUGAAGGCAAGAACAUGGUGAAUGUGUUUCUCUGACGCUGGGCUUCUAGACUCAACAUUAGAAACUGGAAGAUUGAUUCACAUCUUUGUUUUUUGUCUUUUUCCUGUUGUGGACAACGUUUGGAAUCUCCCAAUCCUCAGAAACACAUCAUAAUUCAACACUGGACCAAAUUUGGAAACUUGGAUUUCUUUGUUGUUUUUUUCUUAACACCUCUGAUCUCUGGAAACAAUUCCAAAGGAACCUGACAUUUAGGAGAAAGGAAUCUUUAUUUUGAAGAUCCAAGCUGCAUUAAUUCCUAACUAAUCUCCAUCAUUUUCUUUAAUGGCACAACCACGCUCUUGUCCUGACCCAGACCUGUCAAAUGGAACCAUUGCCUGCAGUCCGCUAGGCAUUUGUUCAGAUCUGGGCACCCAGAGAGGAGCGUGUGAGGAAGUAUUAGUGGACGAUGAUGAGGUAGAAAUAGCAGAGGAGGUAGGGGAAGAUGCUUUGGUAUUUGAUGAAGCUGGGCAGGUGCAAACUAAGCUCGAAUGCAGAGGCAAAGGUGAAACCGAGGACAUGUGGACCGCUGAAGUGGCCCUGUUACCAAAUGGAGACGCAGAGGAAGGAGGCAACGAAGUAGAAGAGGGUGAAGAGGAGAUAGAUGAGAAGAAAACAGAGAAUGAAAGUGAGGACAGAAAAAAUAUGACUGUGUCAUCAAAGGAGGCUAAGACAGUUAAUCAGCUCCAUAGCUUUGGAGAACAUAAAGAAGAAAGCAAAGAUAAAAAGCAAAACCAGACAACACCAAGUGCUGAAACGUAUCUAAGAGAAGAAACGUUUCAUAAGGACUCCAGCUAUAAAGACCAUCACACUUCUGUAGGGGGAUUAGUAGGAGGAACACCUGAUACUAACACAUCUAUGGCAAUGUCUAAUGACACACUCCAAUCUGCUGAGACUCUAGAACCAACACUGACCCAAGAGAAUAUUUCAGUAAAUGAACACAUCAGCUCUCUAAUAAAUCAAAACUCAACUCUAGGCAAUUUUGGCACACCUACUGUUGCGCCUGACCCUCCUAACAAGAUAGCCAGUCGAGAUGAUCAGCAAACUCUUGAGCAUCAAAAUGAUGUGGAAAGCACCACCUGCAGAGAGACCUUAGACAUUACGAUACCGCAUAAAAACAACGCGUGGGAAGAAAAACACUCCAUAGAUGAGGACGACCACUGUGGCUCAAUGUUCCCUUCUUAUGCUGAGUCCUCUGAAGAAGUUUUAGAAACGGGAGGCACCAAUCAAACGCUAGAACAACCAUCACUGGUCUCUGUAAUGUUUCAAAAACCAUCCCUGCCAGAGAAAUGGGAGGAAGCAAUAACAGGAGGGCUCAUUCAGAUGAUGCAAGAGGAUGGAGAAGGUGUCCUAACAGAAAAGACAGAACAUUUAGAAAUGAUAGAGAAAAAUGUUUCCAAUCCCAAAACUCCAGACAUAGAGAAUACUCAAAACCCUGCACUGCAGCAUGGGGUUGAGGUACAAAAGAACCAACAAAAAGUCGAGAUUUUUGAGUCGGUGAUGGAGGAAUUUGAGCUCAAAGAAACAUCAGAACUUGGCUUAAACCAGACAAGGGAUGAGGUUUCAUCAAAAGGUAAUACACCCACAGCUGGAGGUGGUCGUUUGCAAGAGCAUCCUUUACAGGUCUUCAGAAAUGUAGGUUGGGUAGACAACGUCCAAGAGCAUCAAACGGAAUGUUACACUGAAAACAUGAAGGAAGAAGGCGCAACAGAGGAAGAAGUGGAGAUAGCAGAAGAUCCAGUGACUGUUUUAGAUGAUUUUUUAGAGACAGAGGAAAUACAGAAUAAACAGCUUGAGCAAGUUUUUGCUGCAAAUGCAAACUCUUUGGUUGUUGCCGGAAAUGAAACAGAAGUGAAGGAAAACCAGGAGCUGCAGAGAAAGAAGGUUAAAGAUGAAAAAGAAGAGAAGGAAUACAAAGAAAUGGAUGUCAAGCAAACUAAGGAAGACUAUGAUGAGAAGCAAGUUGAGACAGAAGAGGAAGACAGGAGUAAAACGCAAUUUCCAGAAAAAAAGAACAAGAAGGAAAUUGCUAAGAAUGAGGAGAAGACAUUGAAUAUAAAUGGAAAAGUUAAAGGACUGAAACAAGCCAUGGAACUUGGGAGUUCGGGUCAGGCACAGCCUCACGGAAAAGACCAACCAGGGAAAUCAAAAAUGCUGUCGCUCAAAAGAAAAGACAAUGUGUGGAUUAAAACCGACUAUCAGCAGGAAGCACACGAGAUAAAAGACUGGAGAAAAGAACUUAAGACUGUCAGGAAGGACACUUGGGAGACUGAGAGGAAGAACGCUGACUGGACGAGGAAGGAAGCAAAGGCAGAUGAGAAACGUAAGGAGGACUGGAUAAAGGAGCUGAAGUCCGUCAUCAAAGAUGAAUCUCUGCCCAAAGAGAAAAAAGAGCAAGUGAAGAAGAAACGAGUGGUGCUGUUGGAGGACGGCCAUUCAUACAUGCCUCAGAAGGAUGAGACGAUCCUGGAUUCAACAGACGAGGUCAAACUGAUCUCUCACAUUCCGUUGUCUACGGAGCGUUGGAACAGCCGGACGCUUCAAGAUGAGGAAUACAAGGUCUCCCUCUAUGUGAAGGCAGGAAGUGAUGGAGAGAGCAUUGGAAACUGUCCUUUCUCUCAGCGACUUUUUAUGAUUUUGUGGCUGAAAGGAGUGAUCUUUAGUGUUACCACAGUUGACCUUAAACGAAAACCAACUGACUUGCAGGACCUUGCUCCAGGGACCAAUCCUCCUUUCAUGACUUUUAAUGGGGAAGUCAAAGUUGAUGUCAACAAGAUAGAGGAGUUCCUGGAGGAGAAGCUUACACCACCAUGCUACCCUAAAUUGGCUCCCAAGCAUCCUGAAGCCAACACAGCUGGUAUCGACAUCUUCUCCAAGUUCUCGGCUUACAUCAAAAACCAAAGAAAAGACAUCAAUGAUGUCUUGGAGAAAGCCUUGAUGAAGUCUCUUUGGCGCCUGGACAGCUUCAUGAGAACUCCUCUGUCUGAGGAAAUAGAUGCUGAUGCAUCAGGAGAUGUUCCAGAGUCCUGCAGGAGUUUCCUGGAUGGGCCUGAACUCACCCUGGCCGACUGCAACCUGCUACCUAAACUACAUAUUCUGAAGGUUGUAUGUCAGAAGUAUCGGAGCUUUGAGAUCCCUGCAGAGAUGACUGGUGUGUGGAGGUAUUUGAAGUGUGCCUACCAGAGGGAAGAGUUCACCAACACCUGCCCUGCCGAGAGGGAGAUUGAGCUCGCUUAUGUAAAUGUUGCAAAACGAAUCAUUUAGGAGCAAAUGUGGAGAAUAAUUGUAAAGAAAUGAUCACUCAGAUAACAAAAAAGCUACAUUAAAGGAGUUAGCCUAGAAAUAACAGAGACAACUAGUGAAAAUGAGGGCAGAAAAGAGGGAACUGGUUUACAUGAAAUAGAAAAGUUGGUGCAACCAGACACACAUAAAAAGACUAAAUAAAAACAUAAAGUAGAAGGGUAAUAAGUUCUCAUAGACUAGAUUAAUCUACACUGAUAUACUUUACUGAUUCUACCUUUAUCUGUGUAAGGAGAAAAAAUAGUUUUGCAAAUGUUACCCAUUAUUUUUAUUAUUACAUUUGUUUCAUUUUUCCAUAUUAAUCACCAAAUAGUGGCUGAGCGCCACUGCUGCUGCAGCUCACCGCUUCCCACAGGGAUGGGUCAAUGCAGAGAUGGGAUCUCACCAGUGUGAUGAUGACUAAUGGGACUCUAACUCUAUAAUGGAGACAGAGUUUAUACCAAAUGUUUCAAAGGCACUUCACAACCUACAGAAAAAACAACAAGAAGGUAAAAUAAAAGAGCCUCAAAUAUUUACAUAAUUUAUAAUUCCUAUGUAUCAAUUAUAAUAAAGGUUUGGAUGUGAUUAGUGUGUACAGGGAAGGUUCUGGGUGCUCUGGAGAUUUGAACUGCUAAGUUGUGUUUCCUCAAAAUCCCAUUAACGUCAGGUAACAAUUAGGUAGACUUUUGAAAAAUGAGCACCAUUCAAAUGAAUUGUACUUUGAGCUGUAACUGGUGGCCUGAACCUUGCUUUCUUCUCAUAAGAUUGUCUAAAUCUAGAUUUACUGAAUUAAUUUUCUUUUCCACCUGUAAGAGAUGGAGUGUAAAUCAGCAUUUUGAUCAGUCACCUGUGCAAACCCAACGUUCUGGCCUUAUUACUGCUCAGUGAGAUGAUUCUGUAAUAAAAUAUUGUUGUUAACACG